GUAUUCCCUUUGCUUAUUUUUAUUCGGUUAGUACCUACAGUUUCGGCCUCAAAAUUUUAAAUUUUAAAAAAGUUUGACCAAGAUGUUGAGAUUGCUGAAUCGAAUGAGUAUGCCAAUUCCCACGGCCAACAGGUGGCACCAGAAGCACCUCACCACGAAGCCCGCCAAAUCCUCUUUCUCCAAAUUGAUGAAGCCUAUGAAGGAGUUUAAGCGAAAUCGGAUUCCCAAGAUCAGUGUGGUUGGAGCAGGACAGGUGGGCACGGCGGUCUGUGCCAUGCUUUUGCUCCGCAAUCUCACCAAAUAUCUGGUCGUCCUGGACAUCAACUACGAGCUGGCCAAAGCGGAGGCCCUGGACUUUCAGCACGGAUCCGCCUUCCUGGGCGACGCUCGAGUGGUGCCCUGCGGCGACGGUUCACACUCCAAGGACUCGGAUCUGGUGAUCAUAACGGCCGGAGCCCGGCCAUCCGGCAAGGAUCGCUCCCGACUGGCCGCGAUGCACAAGACCGUCGAGAUCCUUAAAGAGGCGGUGCCCAAAUUGGUGCAACUGAGCCCCAAAGCGACCUUCAUAGUCAUCUCGAAUCCUGCAGAUGUAAUGACCUACGCGGUCCAACGGAUCGGCAAGCUACCCAAGCAUCGCUGCUUCACAACCGGCUGUCAUCUGGACUCGGUGCGGUUCCGCAACUUAAUUGCCGGACGCCUCCAGGUGCCCCCAUCUCAGGUUCAGGGUUACGUGAUCGGGGAGCACGGCACCAGUGCGGUGCCAGUGUGGUCCUGCGUCUCCAUUGGCGGCAUCCGGCUCACCGACGUUGUCAAGGAUCUGGCCUGCGGCGAUGAUCCGGAGAAUUGGUGGGAGGUCAUCGAACAGGUCACCACGUCCGGAAUUGCCGUGGGUAAGGCCAAAGGUUACACCAACUGGGCCAUCGCCCUCACCUGUGCGGAUGUCGUGGAGGCGAUGUGUGGGGGCAGGGGCAAAAUCGCCUCCGUCGGUACGGACAUGAAGGGUAUACAAGGCAUCAAGGACAACGUCGUACUAUCCUUGCCCUGUUUGGUCCAAUCGGGUGGCAUUAGUCAUGUGUUUGAGCUCCCCCUCACGGCUGUGGAGCAAAGCAAGCUUGAAGCCUCUGCCGAGGUCCUUCUGGAGGCCCAGUGCUCUCUGAAGAUUUGAGUCAGUACAUCUAACAUUUAUAGCCUUAUAAUCGUGCUAACCAACCGCCCGCGGACGUCAUAAAAACAUAGAGAAACACACGGUAAAAACCACACCCAAAACUCUAGUGGAAAGCAAGAGAUGGAGAAGAAGGGAAGAGUGAAUAGGCAAGCCCUUUGCCCUUUCCACCUUCUGCUAGAGCAAGCGGGACGUAAAUACUCUUGUGUUGCAGACAAGCUAUGUGUAAAAACGAUUUAAAAUUACUUUUGUGCAUUUCUGUGAGACUGUGAAUA